AUGGCGUCCACUGCGGCUGGGAAGCAGCGCAUCCCCAAAGUGGCGAAGGUGAAGAACAAGGCUCCUGCAGAGGUGCAGAUCACAGCGGAGCAGCUGCUGCGAGAGGCUAAAGAGCGAGAGCUCGAGCUGCUGCCUCCUCCUCCCAAACAGAAGAUCACAGACAAGGAGGAGCUCAACGACUACAAGCUCAAGAAGAGGAAGGGAUUUGAAGACAACAUCCGUAAGAAUCGCACAGUGAUCAGUAACUGGAUCAAAUACGCACAAUGGGAGGAGAGUCUGCAGGAGGUGCAGAGGGCACGCUCUAUUUACGAGCGUGCACUGGACGUGGACCACCGGAAUAUUGCGUUGUGGUUGAAGUACGCAGAGCUAGAGAUGAAGAGUCGACAGGUGAACCACGCCAGGAACAUCUGGGACCGAGCUGUGACCAUCCUGCCCCGAGUCAACCAGUUCUGGUACAAGUACACGUACAUGGAGGAGAUGCUGGGGAACGUGGCGGGCUGCCGGCAGGUGUUCGAGCGCUGGAUGCAUUGGGAGCCGGAGGAGCAGGCCUGGCACUCCUACAUCAACUUUGAACUGAGGUACAAGGAGGUGGACCAGGCACGCACCAUCUACGAACGAUUCGUCAUGGUGCACCCGGAGGUGAAGAACUGGGUGAAGUUUGCCAGGUUUGAGGAGCGUCACGGUUACAUCGCCCACAGCAGGAGAGUCUACGAGAGAGCAGUGGAGUUCUAUGGAGAGGACUAUGUGGACGAGAACCUGUACGUGGCCUUCGCACGCUUCGAGGAGAUGCAGAAGGAGUUCGAGCGUGUCAGGGUAAUCUACAAAUACGCUCUGGAUCGGAUCCCGAAGAGCCAAGCGCAGCAGCUGUUCAAGAGCUACACUGUGUUUGAGAAGAGGUUUGGAGACAGGAGGGGCAUCGAGGAGGUGAUCGUAAACAAGAGGAGGUUCCAGUACGAGGAGGAGGUCAAGGCGAACCCGCACAACUACGAUGCGUGGUUCGAUUACCUGCGGCUCCUGGAGAGCGAUGCGGAUCCGGAUGCGGUGCGCGACGUGUACGAGCGCGCUAUCGCUAAUGUUCCCCCGAUCCCCGAGAAGAGGCACUGGAGGAGAUACGUUUAUCUGUGGAUCAACUAUGCUCUGUAUGAGGAACUAGAGACUAAGGACGCAGAGCGGACGCGGCAGGUUUACCAGGCCUGCCUCGACCUCAUGCCCCACAAGAAGUUCACGUUUGCAAAGAUGUGGCUGCUCUUCGCUCAGUUUGAGAUCAGACAGAGAAACCUGCAGGCGGCUCGCAAGAUCAUGGGCACAGCGAUUGGGAAGUGUCCUAAGAACAAGCUGCUGAAAGGUUACAUCGAGCUGGAGCUGCAGCUCAGAGAGUUCGAUCGCUGCAGAAAACUCUAUGAGAAAUACUUAGAGUUCACUCCUGAAAACGUCACCACGUGGAUCAAGUUCUCUGAGCUGGAGUCUAUCCUGGGGGACACCGAGAGGGCCAGGGCCAUCUACGAGCUGGCUAUAGGGCAGCCGCGGCUAGACAUGCCAGAGGUUUUAUGGAAGUCAUACAUUGACUUUGAGAUCGAGCAGGAAGAGUUUGAAAACACCAGAAACCUGUACAAGAGACUUUUGCAGAGAACGCAACAUGUGAAGGUCUGGCUGAGCUUCUCUAAGUUCGAGCUGUCUGUGGACUCCUCUGAGCGCGUGCAGAGGAGCCGGCAAGUGUUUGAGGACGCGAACCGCAGCUUGAGAAAUUGUGAGGAGAAGGAGGAGCGGCUGAUGCUGCUGGAGGCCUGGAGGGACUUUGAGGAGCAGUUUGGAUCUGAGCAGAACCAGGAGAGAGUCCACAAACUGCUGCCAGAGAAGGUGAAGAAGAGGAGGAAGGUCACAGCCGAGGACGGGUCGGAGGCGGGCUGGGAGGAAUACUACGACUACAUUUUCCCAGAAGACUCUGCCAACCAACCAAACCUCAAACUGCUCGCCAUGGCCAAGAUGUGGAAGAAGCAACAAGUGGUGGUGGAGGAGGAGGACCAGGAGGAGGACCAGGAGGAGGAGGAGCGAGAGGAGGAGCAGGCAGGAGAGGGGAGCAGGGCUGACAGCUCCAGUUCUGAGGGAGAGAAGUCUGUGGAACCAGAGGAGCAAGAUGAGGAGACAGGAGUUAGGAGAGAGGAGGCAGGGCGGAUGUAA